AUGGCAUCUUUUUUUGGAAAGGAUCAUCGACAAAACCUAAGUCUUGCAAUCGGUGAAACGACUCACCCAUUUGUCGGCGAGUUAUUUGCUAUCCAUCUAGCUCUCCAUAUAUAUUACGUUUCGGGAGGAUACAAAGGGAAUCAAGUAAUACUUCGUACGGAUUGUUUGAACGUCAUCAAGGCGUUGUACGAUUUCAAAGCUAAUAAUGAGCGAGGCUUCGAAGGAAAACUGGUGAAAUAUGUUUUGACCGAGCAGGAUAAAAAAAACCUCAAGAAUUUAUACCAUCUUUUGAAAUUUUUUCCAAAACGAGUCAUCAUGCAAUGGGUUGAAAGCCAUGUUGGAGAUCCUGCCAACGAUGAAGCCGAUAAACUUGCAUCGCGCAAGGCACUGCUUGGGAUUCAUCCUGCCAUCAAGCUGAAUUUGGUA